GGGUCGCGAAAACCACGGAGCUGUGGCACCAGUUCCCACCCCUCGAAACCUCCUCGCUUAAUUUACCUGGAUUAUUAUAGAAAGCUAUGGAAAUUACCUGUGCGGUUCCAUAAUAGAGAUUUCUCCAGCCCAAGGAUGGGGUUUAACGUGUCGGUGUGGGCUUUUGUGGCCAUAUUGAUGUCCUGUUGUUUGGAAUACGCCACAGCUCAAAGGAAACUGAUAAGCUGCUAUCAGUGCAAUGUAUUCAGCAAAGGGAAACAGCAGUUUUGCGAAAAGGCGCCGGAAGAGCUGAUCGUCAAGGACUGUGUGGCCUGUCUGAAGACAUUCACCUUCACUUCCAUGCAUGACCGCUGGUCAAACCAGGCCAGUCCAUUCCACAGAUACAGACAAGGCAUGACCUACCAUUCCAAAUAUUGCCUUCCGGAACUGGAUUUGGAUCUCAUUAAGGACGAAGGAUGUUACAAAAUCAACGGACCUGACGGUUUUACUGAGCGGUGUUACUGCCAUUCAGAGCUGUGCAAUGCCUCCUCUAGAAUGAACUCAUCUGUUGUUGUACCAGUUACCGUUCUUGUUGGAGUGUUAUGGACAGCACUGGCUCACUGGUUUUGA